GCGCACGCGGCAAGAGUGCUGUUCGCCGCAGCCAAACAAACCACGCUCCUCUAAUCCUCAUCCCCCUCCCGCCUCCCAAACCGAGUCCACCAAAAGUUUCCCGCGCGCCCACGCCAAAUUCCCCUUCUCCCCCACCGCUCGCGCCUCCCGCCCGGCCGAGCCCCCAACUCAACGCCCGCCGCGCGCGAUCUGCCGUCCCUGCCGGCCCCAGGCUCCAGCCGUGGCAGAUCCGGCCCUGUCCCGCAGCGCCAUUCCGUCGAACACUUCGCGCGCGGCGGCAGGAGGGCCUGGCGGAGGAGUGGCAGGAUGUACGCGAGGCGCGCGUCGCAGCUGCUGAAGGAGCUCGACGCCUGCGAGCCCGGCCAGCUCGUGGUUUUCAACAGCGAUGUAUUUGAUCAGGUCAUUAGAGAGUGCGGUGAGCACAAUGCACAGUUUCAGGCAUUGAUCAGAAAAAUGGUGGAGCAAAACUUAGACAUUGAAACAACAAGAAACGAAGACCACUAUGGUGCAGCUAUCCACCAUCUCUCGCUGCUCCGCAACAAAAGAUGCCUCAUGGCUUACAUGUACAACCGAGCAGAAACUAUUCGGAGUUUUAGAUGGAAAAUUGGUCCUGUGCUUCCUCAUGAAAUACAAGAAAAGCUCAAUUUUUCAGAGAAAGAGUACUUCAGAAGCCACUCUUCAGCCAUUAAGUCUUAUAUCUCAGAGAUGGAUAUAGAUUUAACAGUGGACAUGGUACCCCCCAAGGAUCCUUAUAUCCAGGUUCGGGUGCUGGAGGACAUUGGUGAAGUAUCUCUUGGUGACCAUUCCGUGUCAUUGACAAAAAAUUCACUCCAUUUCCUUAGGCGCACAGAUGCAGAACAAUUUAUAUCACAGGGUCUCAUGGAAGAAUUUCUGGAGUAGGGAUCACAUAUGAUGUAAAAUAGAUUUUAAGUACCACCCACAACAUUUUCUUCGCCGCUGCUGUCUGGUGGAAUAUGCACUCUUGAGGUUCUGAUCGAGACUGCGUGAAAAAGGAAAGAACAUAUGCUAUCUUCAGAUGUUAAGGCACGAGGCAACACAAGGGACUGUGAACUGUGGAGCUCCAGCCUAGUUGUUAGUGACGACUUGUAGUCUUUAGAUGAAUGGCUUAAUCUUGUUGUAUUAUGUUGUGACAGAAUUUAAAACUUCGUAAAAUUGUAUAAGCAAUUUUCCUGUAAGUCAUGCAGUAGAAAGAUGAUAAGUUCUGUUUUACUGAAAAUGACAACUUGAUCUCAACCUGAAA